AUGGGUCGUCUUCACAGCAAGGGCAAGGGUAUUGCCGCCUCCGCCAUCCCCUACUCCCGCACCACCCCCGCGUGGCUCAAGACCACCCCCGACCAGGUUGUCGACCACAUCUGCAAGCUGGCCAAGAAGGGUGCCACCCCUUCCCAGAUCGGUGUUGUCCUCCGUGACUCCCACGGUGUUGCCCAGGUCAAGAUUGUCACUGGUAACAAGAUCCUCCGUAUCUUGAAGUCCAACGGCCUCGCUCCCGAACUCCCCGAGGACCUCUACUUCCUGAUCAAGAAGGCCGUCGCUGUCCGCAAGCACCUUGAGCGUAACCGCAAGGACAAGGACUCCAAGUUCCGCCUCAUUCUGAUCGAGUCCCGCAUCCACCGUCUGUCCCGUUACUACAAGACCGUCGGUGUCCUGCCCCCCACCUGGCGCUACGAGAGCGCCACUGCCUCCACCCUUGUCGCAUAA